AUGUUUGACGACCAAGACCUGGGUUUCUUCGCCAAUUUCUUGGGCAUCUUCAUAUUUGUUCUGGUAGUAGCAUAUCAUUAUGUAAUGGCUGACCCAAAGUAUGAAGGCAAUUAA